AUGGACAAUUACCCUCAGACGUGGACCGGCGGCGUGUUUACGUGCGUCGCGCACGCGUGCGUUCGAAACCCGGAGCCGCGCGCGAUGAACGACGUCGGAGGAGACGGCGGGGAGGGCGGCGGAGGCGGCGGCGUCGUCGGCGGGUUCACGGAUUUCGUCGCCGAGAGCGGGCGGAGCCUCGGCGGCGCGUUCGGGAAGAUCGGGGAGCUGAUGCCGACGCGGUGGUCGCGGGAGAUGGACAAGAUGGGUAUAAACCUGUGA